AAAUAAUGUAAUAAGGGCUUGCUUAAAAGAGACUCUUGAUGGAUUUUAAGAAAAUUUAGUAAGAAAAUUAAGAAGACUUUAUGGCUUCCCCUUAAGAGAAUGAUAUAUUCCAUUGGGAAGCUGUGAUUUUCGGGUAAUAGAUUUGUUGAAAAUAUUUUUAGACCAGAAUAAACACCAUGGGAAGGAGGAUGUUUUGAAUUAAAAUUAACUUUUACAAAUGAUUAUCCAACAAAGCCACCCGAAGUUCGUUUUGCUCCUCCAAUAUAUCAUCCAAAUGUUUAUCCAGAUGGAAGAAUUUGUUUAGAUAUUUUAAAAGAAUAAUGGACUCCAAUAUUAGAUGUUUGGGCAAUUUUAACAUCUAUCAGAUCAUUAUUGUGUGAUCCAAAUCCCAAUUCACCUGCAAAUCCAGAAGCAGCCAAAGUAAUUGAGAUUCUGUAAAAUAGUUAUACAUGUCUGACAGAGCAGAAUAUUAUAGAAGAGUAAAGGAACAAGUUGAAAAAACACUAAAUGGAAUUGAAGAAGAAAAAUGAUUAAAAAAUUUAUUAACAUAAU